AUGCUUGGAUACCAGGGCAUAAGAUCAUUGAGGGAAACGAAAAAGCAUAUAAAGCGGCAAAAGUUACAACAAAUAACGACCAAAGAGAUAUUAACUUCAGACUUUGAGGGUACGAAUACGUCACAAAGACAAUUAAUAUGCAAAUUGGUGCAAAAUGUUUACAGGAGUGGAGAAAAAACGGAAACCAAAUUCAACGAAGUAAAUUGGACAACCAAACAUAUCAAGAAAUACAAUUUAAACAGAAAAUGGGAAGUGAUCCCAAAGCGUUUAAGAAUAGGGAGUACCCGAUGUACACACUGCUACCUUAUGUAA